AUGCCGAUCAAAGCCGGCGUUACGGCUUCUGCACUUACCGCAUCGACGAUUGUUGUUACAGCGACGGAGGGGUGCCACAUACUCAAGAUCGAUGGCUACUCACACGCAAGGCUGCUCGGCAAUGGUGAAUGUCUCCGGUCCAACUUCAAAGCAGUUGGCCACACCUGGGAUAUCCUUUUCUACCCCAACGGCAAAUUCAUUAGAUAUUUCGGCAACAUCUCGAUCUACCUCAAGCUUGUCGACGGGUCAAAGAAUGUCACGACCGAGGUCCAGUUCAGUGUGCUGCCGCGGGCCAGUGGUGAUGAAGCGCUUCCGUACACCAAGCAAAAGAUCAUUCACACGUUCGAGAGCGCGCGACGCAACAACAAGUGCGGCCACCAUUGGCCUAUCAUUGACAACAAUCAAGACAUGCUGAUGUCCAAUUGCACUGAAGAAGAAGAAGAAGAAGAGGACUUCAUCAUUGUCCGUUGUGACAUUAAGGUCUUGAACAAGGCAGUUGUUCAUGAUCUUAACCUAAGAAGCUGGAGUUGA